AUGGAGGAUUUGCUCACACCUAUGAGCACAGCUUAUAAGAAUAUUAAAGAGGAUCAAGAAGAUGCUUUGGUUGAAACCAGGGGGCGACGGGAAGCUCUUCGAAAGAACGAGUUUCAAGCAAGAAGCCCACGAGAAGCUCUGGAGAUACUCCAAAAUGAACCUGACUUUUCGAAUCUCAUAUCAAUCCUGAAAUACUUGGACACAACCAACGACAUAUCUCUAUCUUCUCCGAGCCCGUUAAGUUCUCAGCUGAUAAAUGUUCUGGUCUCUGAUACUGUCCCAAAUUACUGGGCAAUCCUUUCAGAAAGGGGCAAGGGAUCCAAGACCUUCAAAUACAAAAGAGAGAGAGAUUUGCUCUUGAACUGUUUCCGGAAUGCUACUGGACUAGGUGCUAUAUCAGCUCGGCUUAACGUCCUGAUUGAUCAAAGUAAGAUCACAAGCAAGAAAGGCGAUGGACCGAAUUUCGUGCAGUCAUUAAGGGACUACCAAAGCGUCUUGGAAGACCUUUUGCACGGUAACGCCGUGCUUCAAGGCCUUUGGGAAGCCCUCCAAUCUGAGCCUAUUCCCAAGCAAGCAGCCUUGUGGCGCGAGGUUACUGUGUUGAUUGGCGGCAGCAGGUUACUAAAUUCCGCUGCCGAAGCCCAUAGUAUUAUCAAUGAGUCUAACAAUACUGUUCGAGAGACUUCCUGGAUUGCGGAUGGAGUAAAAUAUAGCAGAUGGAUUGCAUCAAACAUUCAAUACUGGGCAAAGCACCUGGCAUUGGAGUCCGUCAGGCCUUGGAAACACCUCACGGAACUCCUUUCGAAGAGUUUGCGUCUCGGGUAUCCCGAUGUCAUAUUGGAGGCGGUACUGGAUUUGGUUCUUGGAACUGAAGACGACUUAAAGGUGCUUCAAAAACUUUUGGACGUGAUUCCUACUUAUGAGCAAAAAUCUGUCCUGAACUGCGCUUUGCGUUUACUUGUUAAGCAUCAUCUACCAAGCGAUCCUAACUAUGGCGAUGUAGCCUGGUGGCAAGAAGAUACUGCUCGAGUCUCUGCGGGAGCUGCUUAUUUAAGUACGAUUAUCAAUGGCAACGCGGCACGGAAGGACAUGCUCUUGUCUUGGAUGACCGGAUUGCCUGGUGCUGGUAUUGGAGAGCCAAUAAGCAUCCGACGUGCGGCAAUAGCUACCAUUUCUCAUUCCAAGUACGACUUGGAGGCUAUUCUGGAAAAGAGCAUGCAACAGUUUGGUGACCAACUCUACAUCAAGCAUACCCCUUCCAUGCAGCAAGACGUUCAUGCCCAAAUUUUACUUCUUUGCGCUGGAUAUGUGCACCGAAUUUCUCCAAUGAAGCUAAAAAUUCUUGCAAGAUCUGGAGUUUAUCUCAACGCGGUAUCCAAUCGCCUAUCUGCUUCCUCAGAAAGAGCUCGAUUCCUAGGAAUGCUAGUCGGUGAAGCUAUAUCUGGUCUCGUGGAGCCUACUGGGAAUCAAAUGGAUUUCAAGAUGGAAGAACUCAAAUCUCCGGAAGCUCAAUGGUACAAAGACUUAGUAGGUGUCAUAGACAGCCUUGGUUCAGUUGAGUCUCUUCGGAAACAUAUCGCGCCAGAAGCCAAGCAAACCAAACCAAGCCUUCCUCGUGAAGUAAACAAACCAAUCCGACCACCUCAGCACUCAUCCAAAAUUAUUUCUAUUGAAGAGAUUGACGACGAUGGCUCAGAGGAGGAGGAUGAUCUGGUCCCGUACACAAAACCCGACUCUGAUGAGGAAGAUUCGGAUGAAGAUCCCACCCUUGUAGUGCGGAACAAGCCUACUGCGCCAGUAUAUAUUCGGGACCUUAUUUCGUAUUUUAGAGACACAGAAAAUUACGACCGUCAACGAUUGGCCCUGUCGACCGCAGCCUCGUUAAUCAGACGGAAGUCUGGCUUUGGCACUGAAGUCAAAGACCAUGCAGAGGAACUCGCAACCGUAUUAAUGGGUCUACAGGAUAAGUAUGACAUUGAUGAUUUCAACGACUUGCGCCUACAGAGCAUGAUUUCAGUUCUGCUCUGUGAUCCGCAAAGAAUGGCAAAGUGGUUCGCUAGGACAUUUUUUGACGGUGACUACUCCAUAUCACAGAGAGCUUCCGUACUCUCAACUAUUGCCAUUUCCGCCAGAGAAUUAGGGGGGCUCAAAGAGGAAGACAAAUCACUUACGAAAACAGCUCUGGCUUCCAGCAACAACUUUCCAUCAAAGCAGCUUCCUGAACGACUCCACAAUAUUUAUGCUGUGGAAGAAAGCCCGGUUGACUCUCUAUCUCACCAGCUUUCUAAAACCAUGAUACAGCCAUUAGCUGCGUCGCUGGCAGAUAAAGCUACCGGACCUGAUAUUCUAAAAGUCAAAACCUUUUCUUCGCGUCUUGCCGUCGAAUCCCGACGAGCUCCUCCUACCGUCAACGCCCUCUCCUCCAUGGUCGCAGAAUCUUUCUUUUUCCCCCUAACCGGGCGGUUUUUUGCACACUUAAAGGCAUACGGUGGCAAAAAUGUGAUUUUCGAGUCUUUUCUCUUGAGCAGUUAUCUGAAAACGCUGAGUUUGAUUAUGCACGCGAGUGGAAGCAGCACUCUUCAGCUACCUCAGAUGACGAGUGAAUUCUGGGACUUGCUGUUGGCAGUGAGAAGCCACACAAUAGGUGACAAGUCCGUGAGAGAGGCAGUACUUUUCGGCUUCAUGACUCUGUUAGAGGUUAACGGAGACAAAAGGCGGCUGUCAGAAAAGCAUGGGAGAGAGUUAUUGGAGACACAAAGAUGGGUCGAGGCCAUCUUUGGCUCUAUUGGGGAAGGGGGGAAGGAAGAGGAGAGAGCAAGGACCUUAGCGGCGGGAGUGCUCUACAGAAUCCGAGAGGUAGUAGAGAAGUACCAGGCACUAUUGAUGGGAGAUUUGGCACACCCAGCACACCUCACAUACAUCUCGUUUUACGCCGCGCUAUGUAUCACCAUCCAAGCACAGUCGCUAGAAUUACGAAAUCCUCGGAAGCUAGUACUGUUGAAGCUUUCGCUGUCAUUCUAUGAAAGAUCUGAAGGAUUCCUGAUGCAGGCGAAGAUAGAGCAGAACACGUCCCACGACGGCCCUCCGAAACGUGAAUAUAAACGCUGGGAUUCCAAUUCGUUGACUAGGAGCCAGAGCCUUUCAGUUGACUCACCAACAUCAACGACGCAUACCACAAUCUCAAGCUUUCGUCUACCAGAUAAUGAUUCAGAUGAUGGAUUUAAAUCUCCAUCUAUAACUACUCGUGGUAGAACCUUGUCAAUGGACUCGACAACAUCCGACUUUCUUGCCAAAAAGGACUACAAGAAUCUGUUCUACAGCACCAUAAAGCACUAUGCGGCAACACCACCUACACCACCUCUCUCGCCACUAGAGGAUUCACUUCCUGCUAAACGGGAAUUGAAGCGAUCUGGGUCGUCAUCAUCAGCGCAUAGCAAAACCUCCUCAAUUGAUUCUAUGCUCGACGAAUUCGAUUUCUCACUUACGUGGGAUGCAAACUCGCGUCGCUCAUCUGCAUCAUCAUAUACGAGUAUAGCCAGCAAGGUGACCACUGAAAAUAUAUCCCAGAAGCAAGCCCCCCGGGAUACAGCACGGGAUACAGCACCUGUACUAUUUCUGAAGCCCCCGCCUCCGCAGUUUCUAAAACUAUCAACACCGCCGCGGCCACGGAAGAGGUCUGGGUUUGCGCCAUCGCUUCCUACCAUAAUAUCCGACAGCUGCAUGGCUGAGGUGGCUAUGGACAGUUCUAGCAUUUCCAGCACUUCCUCUCCUGAACACUAUUCUGCUCGGACUCGCCCGUUACCUCCAUUGCCACUCAUUACUGAGGACAUACCAACCUGUUCAGAGAUCCAGAUACCCGGCGAUAGGAAACCUAGAAGCACCUGGGGAAACGAUACUCAAACACCGAGCAGUACCGUCUUUCCACCUCCCAGAAAGGCCCAUAGCCCGGCGCCCACAGCCGUCCCAUUUCACCGGCCCCUACCGCCACUUCCACUAGCUGUUCGUCCGCCAGUUUCGGGCUCCAGGCUCAAUUUUUCGAAGCCUCGACCAGUGCCUCCGCCUCCGCCUAGUCAAAGGACUUCGCCAGAGACAGCGGUAGAAGCCAUCUCGCUGUUCCUUCUCUCCCAAUCCCGUGCUCGCUACAACGCGCACAUUCCAGAAUUCUAUUCGCGGAUAAAGUACCACAUGACAGAAGUGCGCAAGAUGAUCGCGGACGUCCAGUUUAAAAACGCGGCGCUUGAAGCCGAGGGGCGUCCGGUAAGGACGCUUAGUAUCAAGGAGCUAAGAGAGGGGACGGGGUGUGCAAUGGGGGUGCAGUGGAAGGUUGAUAAGGAGGAAGUGGUGAAGAGGGUUAGGCGGGCGAGAGUCGAGGCUUUGAAGAGGAGGGGAGAGGAGCGGAAGCCUUGGGAUGGAGGGAGAUAUCAGGAGUUGUGUAAGCUGGCGUUGGAAGAGUUAAAGAGAUGA